AUGACCUUCAUGACAAAUAUUAUUCAGGACAUUCUGAACAACAUUCAAGAGGUUUUAAUCGUUGAUUGGACACCGUGGAUGGUUUGCGGGUUAUCGCCAUGUUCUCAUCCAUUGCUAAUGCUAAAGUUUCGUAAAUCUUGUCGUUUACUUCAUCAGGGUGAGGAGCUGAUAUAUGGUAGAACACAGCGACGACAACGAAAGCGCACAUACGAAGACGAUGAGGAGUUCGAGGAUUAUUCAUCCGGACAGGAUUUCUUGCAUAGAAGGAAUGAUUCGCCUGUAUUAUUCAAUUGCAAAACGAAACGUUCAAGAGUAUCCAAGCGAGAGCUCGAGUCUGACUUAUCUGAUGAAAGUGAAUGCAAUAGCGACGUGAGUCAAAAGCGUGUUUUUCGAGCAAAGAAAUCACUGCAUCGAGAACCAAAACGUAAAGAGAUGUGCGCGAAAUCAAAGGGUAAAUCAGCAUCUCGAACUCGAAGUCCGCAGCUGUUGCAACGAACAGUGCAAGCGCGGCAGCAUUCGACCGAGGAGACUGAAAACGAUAAGCAGCGAUGUGACGAGAAUCAUGAGUUCACGGAACACAAUAUCACACGUCCAGAAGUACAGAAGUACAUCGAGAGAGUUCACGAAUCGAACAACAGCAACAGCGGCAGCAUUCUGGAGAACUCGAGAGAUUAAACAUAUUCUUCUAAUUUUAAAAACAAGUUAAAUCU